AUGACGACGCAGCCGCGACAGCCGGAGGCGGCGCGCUGCGUCGCCGUGGUCUUCCUCGUCAUCAUCCUCCUCACCCUCCUCAUCGUGGUCGUCAUCUGGCUGGCCGUCCAGCCCAAGAAGCUCAUCUACACCAUCGAGCACAGCAACAUCAACGGCGGCGGCGGCAACCGCAACGCCACCUUCCACUGCUUGCUCCGGUCGAGGAAUCCCAACAAGAGGGUCUCUUUCUACUUCAAGAGAAUCGACGUGGAGGCCACCUACUACGGGAAGAAGCUGUUCGAGGGGGCCGUGGGGCCCUUCCGCCAGCCGGUGAGGAACAUCACGGAUUUGGAGGUGGACUUGGCGGCGGCCAGCACGGAGAAGCUGGCGGCGGAGAGGGCGGCGGGGAGGGCGAAGAUGGAGGUGAAGGUGGAGGGGAAGAUCAACAUGAAGAUCGGGGUGUUCAAGGUGCAUCGGACGGUCACAGCCAUCUGUGGGCCCUACGACGUCCCGUUUUCGGAGGCCGAGGGUUUCAAGAUGGUCCAAUGCGACACCGAUAUAUCUUACUGA